CAUGGCCUCCAGGUGGACGAUCCUGCUCUUUGCUCUGGGACUGGCAGCAGCCAAGCUGACAGGUGACACAGAGACGGACGUGGACGAGGGCCACGACUGGGACAUCUUUGACAUCAAUGAAGAGGCCAAGCUGGACCUGCUGGAGGGAGACAUUGACCAGGAUAAAGUGAAGGGCAGAAACUCCAUCAUAGGAGACCAGUAUCGCUGGCCAACAACUAUCCCCUACUACCUGGAGGACAGUCUGGAGAUGAAUGCAAAGGGAGUUAUUCUGAAGGCGUUUGAGCAGUACAGACUGAAGACCUGCAUUGACUUCACACCUUGGGAAGGAGAGAAGAACUACAUCUCUGUGUUCAAAGGCGGCGGAUGCUUCUCCUCGGUCGGUAACCGCCGUGUGGGGAAGCAGCAGCUGUCCAUCGGUAGCAACUGUGAUCGUCUGGGAACCGUGGAGCACGAGUUCCUGCACGCUCUGGGCUUCUGGCAUGAGCAGUCCAGGGCCGACCGCGACGACUACGUCAACAUCAUGUGGGAUCGCAUUGAGCCCGGCAAAGAGCACAACUUCAAAACGUACGAUGACACGGUGUCCAGCGCCCUGAACGUGCCCUACGACUACGGCUCCGUCAUGCACUACAGCAAGACGGCCUUUAACAUCGCCUCCGACCCCACCAUCGUCACCAAGAUCCCACAGUUCAUGGACGUGAUCGGCCAGAGGAUGGAGUUCAGCGACAGUGACCUGCUCAAGCUCAACCGCCUCUACAACUGCACCACUUCUUCUACCUUUGUGGAUUCCUGUAACUUUGAGGAGGAGAACAUCUGCGGGAUGAUCCAGGGUCCCGGAGGAAACACCAAAUGGGAACAACUCAGCAGCGUGAGCGGAGGGCCUCAGAGCGACUUCACCAACCAGGGACAAUGCAAAGGAAAAGGUUUCUUCAUGCACUUCAGCACAGUGUCUGGGAAAGCUGGUGACCGUGCACAUCUGGAGAGCCGCUUCCUUUACCCCAAACCUGGAUCCCAGUGUCUGCAGUUCUUCCUGUACAACAGCGGAGCCGCCGAUGAUCUGCUGAACAUCUGGGUGAGAGAGUACGACAAAGUCAAUCCUGAAGGACGGAUGAAGCUCUUCAAGACCAUUUCAGGAGGGGUCAUGGGCUCCUGGGAGCUCCACCAUGUGAAUCUGGACGUGAGGACAAAGUCCCGAGUGAUUUUCGAGGGGGUGAAGGGAAAGCUCCCGUCGACCGGCGGUCUCUCUCUGGACGACAUUAACCUCUCAUCCGCCAGCUGCCCUCAGCACAUCUGGAGGCUCCGCAACAUCACCGGCCUGCUGGCCACCACACCUCCCGGGACCAAACUGUACAGCCCCCGCUUCCUGUCGCCCGCAGGCUACUCCUUCCAGGUCGGCGUGUACCUGAACGGACGUCAGGACCGGCCAGGCUACAUGGCCACCUACUUCCAUCUGACCUCAGGCCCCAACGACCACAGCCUGAAGUGGCCCUGUCCAUGGCAACAGGCCACCAUGCUGCUGCUGGAUCAGCAGUCAGACAUCAGGCGGCAAAUGAGCAUGCAGCGUAUGGUCACCACCGACCCCAACAAGCUGUCCAGCGACGGUAAAGAGUACUACUGGGACAACCCCAGAAAAGUGGGAUCUCUGGUGACCGAGGCCGACGGCAGCAGCUACUACCGCGGGCCGGGCACCGGCACGAGCGUCUUCCUCAGCCACAGCAGGCUGAAGAGCAGGAAGUUCAUCAAGGGAGACGAUGCCUUCUUCCUCCUGAGUGUGGACGAUAUUUCCGAGCUGCUGAUCACCCAGCCUCUGCCGCGCUCAGCGGUCCAGCGUGACGACUCCCAGGUGAAGGCAGCCGUCCAGGAGACACCGACGGGACCUGCUGGUAACCCCACGGCGGUGACAGCAGCCAGCAUUUCUGCAGCUGCAGUCGCUCUGGUGGUUGUUGCGCUGGUUGGAGUGAACGCCUGGAGGUCGAGGAAGAGGCGGCAGGAGCCCGACCAAGCCGUGAUCAUACAGGACAUGCCCGGGUUCCUGGAGCUGAGGGAGAGCCAGGCCAAAGACUCGCCGCCGUCUAUCAUCACGCCGUAAUACGUCCUGAUCAAAGGGAAACACCACCAACACUGAUCAGACAGAAUGAGCAAAAUGAUUUUCACAACCUCACAAUCUCAG